AUGGCUCGAAAUGAAUCAUCGCCAUUAUUAAAUAAUAAUGGCAACAGCUCAAAUUACAGGUCAAAUGUCGGUGAUGCCAACAGUGGAAGCAGUGACGAAGUGAUCACCAUCCUGACAUCUAAUCCACCCAGUCUGAAAUACACAACAUCCAAUGGAGAUGACACUACAUCGGUGAAUAAUGCAGAUGACCUACUGAAAGAAAGACUAAAAGGGUCCUCAGUGUUUGCUAUUUUCUUUGGCUUGUACAUUGCUGUUGUUCUGUCUUCUUUAGAUUCUUCUAUUGUAGCUACAAUUUACCCACAAAUAGGCACUGAGUUCAAAAGAUCAAACGAAAUUGUGUGGAUUGCAACAUCAUACAUGUUGAGUUAUACAGCAUUACAGCCAUUAUAUGGCCGUAUUUCGGAUGUGUUUGGUCGCAAGUCAGCAUUACUAUUUGCUAGCACUGUAUUUUUCAUUGGGUCUUUUCUGUGCGGUGCUGCAACCAAUUUAUGGGCAUUGGUCAUUGCUCGUGCAAUUGCAGGUGUAGGAGGCGGAGGAAUCAACUGUAUGACCACAGUCAUCACAUCAGAUCUGAUUCCUUUAAGAGAGCGAGGUAGAUUUCAAAGCUACGGUAACAUUGCUUAUGCUGUUGGAUCUGUGCUUGGUGCUCCAUUGGGUGGUUUUAUCACAGACUCGUUUGGGUGGCGUUUCUGCUUCUACAUCAAUUUGCCGCUCAUGCUAAUGACCAUUUAUGUCGCUACAAAGCUUUUGACAAACUAUAAUUUGGAAGAAAACCAAGAUGGUGAAACCUUCCGUGAAAGGUUGAAGCGCAUCGAUUAUGCAGGUGCAACCACAAUUGUAUUAGCCGUCAUCGGGUUCCUAAUUGCCACUUCUUUGGGCGGUAACAUCAAGCCCUGGAGUGAUCCUCUCGUACUGGGUUGCUUUGCAAGCUCAAUCGUUCUUGCUCUGUUGUUCUGUGUCAUCGAAGCCAAAUAUGCCCUUCACCCAUUAAUGCCUUGGGAGAUUAUAUCCAGCCGCACUCCAUUAGCCAGUUCAUUGACAAACUUGUGGUGUGUUAUGGCUACCACUGCUCUGAUUUAUAUCACACCUCUUUACUUUCAAGCGCUUUUAGGUUUAACCCCAUCCGUUGCUGGUCUUUACUUUUUACCUAAAGCAGCUUCUAUCUCUAUCGGCUCGGUCCUUGCUGGUAUGUACAUGUCAAGAACUGGUGAAUAUCGCAGGAUUACCAUUGGCUGGGCUGUAUUAUCAAUGGUUUCCAUGAUAGGCUAUACUGCUUGGACGCCACAUACACCCAAAAUCAUCCUGCUGGCUUGUUUGACAGCUGAUGGGCUUUCCAUGGGCGGUAUCAUUACAUGUACUUUAAUCGCAAUGCACUCUUGCGUGGAGCAUUCGGAAAUGGCAACAAUCACGUCCAUGUCCUACCUUUUCCGCUCUGUAGGCGGCGUCAUUGGUAUUUCUUUGACAUCUGCUAUCUUUCAAGGCAUCGUCAAACAUAUUCUAGUAGAGAAAAUCACUGGACCUAAUGCUGACUUGUAUAUUGAGAUUGCUCGUAAAUCAAUGACCGAAGUCAGAGGUUUACUACCCCCUGAUAUCCUUGACAUUGUGCUUGACGCAUACAAGAUAGGCCUUCGCUACACUUAUGGAUCCUGUGCAUUGAUUAGUUGUCUUACAGUCAUCUGCUCUCUUUUCAUUCAAAGUUUUGAGCUUGGUACUAAAAUUACCGUUAAUAAAAGAAAAUAA